CACGGCUGGCCGGCCGGAGUUCCGGGGCCCACUUCCGGACACUCGCGCACGGCACCGGUGCGAUCUCGUUUUCAGCCGGGAAUAUCAACUCGCUCGCAGUGUACAGUUAGCCGCCGCGCGAUCAUACGCGAGGAGUAUACGGAGCUCGCGCGUCCUGCUCCUUCGCGCGUGUCCCUCCGCGUGGUGUAGAGGCGGUUUAAAUGGGCCCCGGCCUCUCCGAGCCGCGAGAUACCGGAGAACAAUGGACUUCCCCAGGCGGGAUGACAGGAGCUGUCGCAGCGAUGACUCCGGCGGCGAGGUCUUCAGGAACAUCCCGAAGAACAGUAGCAUCUUUCGAGUCUGGAAAAUCGAGGGUCUACGUGCUACGGUCGUAAGCGGCAGCAAUAUGGGCCUCUUCCUCUCCGAGUCGGCAUACAUCGUCUACGCCGUGUCCGCAAAGGACGGUGCACUUCCUUACCCGGGCAUGCCGAUCAAGGAUCUAAAAGACACCCCGGUGGUGCGGGCCAUUCACUUCUGGAUCGGCGCUAACUGCGACUCGACAGUGUCCGGCGCCGCGGCGCUUCGCGCCGCCGAACUCGACUCCCAGACGUCGGCGAUGAUCCUGACGCGCGAGGCGCAGGGUCGCGAGAGCCCGCGGUUCCUCGCCUACUUCCGGCAGCAGCUGAUCGUGGAGAACCUGCACCACGAGUCGCCCGCCUGCGCCCUGCACCGCGUCUCCGGAGUGGCCGUACCGAUCCUGACCGAGCUGGAGAGGGUCCACUGGGAGCAUUUCAGCUGUCGAGACGUCAUCCUGGUGGACGUUCGUGCAAAAGGUGUCAUCUUUCUGUGGCUCGGAUCUUUGUCAGAUCCCCUGCACAAACGCCACGCUGCCAGUCUCCUGGAGUCUAGAAAAGAGAACAACAACGGUCGCGUGGUGGUGGUCGAGGACGGCUACGAGCAGACCCUGCCCAUGGACGACCGGGAGCUUUUCAGUAGCGUGCUCGACUCCUCGACAAGGGUAGUUGCGCCCGACCGCCAGCAUCGCGUCAACCCUCCCAACCCCAUCAAGCUGUACAAGUGCAGCGAACAGUCGGGCAAAUACAAAGUCGCCGAACUCAAGGCCGGCCCGGUUCUACGCGGCGAUCUGACUUCCGCUUCCGUCUACCUGGUGGAUCGGGGCGAAGCCGGCGUCUGGGCCUGGGUGGGUCGCGAUGUCAACGCGCGGGAGAGAUUGGAAGCCGUGAGGAACGCGCGAGGUUUCGUCAAGAAAAAGAAUUACAGCGAUGGCGUGCCGGUGGCUAGAACGACGGAAGGUCACGAACCGGCGGAGAUGAAAGCGUUGCUGAGGGGCUGGGAGCCUUCUAAGACGAGGCCGUUGACUUUGCCAACGAGCUUCGAGCCUGAUUAUAUGAACGAAAGGCCCAGGAUGGCGGCUGAGUGCCAGCUGGUGGACGACGGAUCCGGCGAGCGGACUUUGUGGAGGGUCGAACUGAAGGAGGGCAUGAUUCAGGUGGAGGACGACAGGGGAAUCUAUUACGCGGAGACCUGCUACGUGAUGCUAUACAAGUACGGACAGGGGCGACGGUGUCGAAGUAUUGUUUACUGUUGGGAAGGUGUUCACUCUGUCAAGGUGGAUCGAGAUGCAGCUUUGACAGUGGCUUGCCGCCUGUCUGAAGAAACGAAUGCACAAUUAGUGAAGGCAUCCCAAGGCAGAGAACCACCUCAUUUAUUGCAGAUCUACGACGGGAAGCUUAAAAUACUCGCCGGACGCCAUCGCAACUCACCGCCGAAGAAGUAUCUGGUCAGAGUGUUCGGCUCGACUCCGUACACUUCGAAAGCUGUAGAACGUCCAUUACGGGCGAGCAGCCUGGACUCUAGCGCAGUGUUCAUCCUCUUUUCCGGCGUACCGACUGUCUGGUGCGGUGGCAAGAGCACCGGCGACGCGAGACAAACGUCGCGACGCCUCGCGCCCAGAAAUGCGCCCCUCGUUACUGAGGGUAAGGAGGGUGACGACUUCUGGGUCGAGCUCGGAGGAAGAGGUACCUACAGUACAGAGAUCGAAGAGGUCGGCGAGGAGCUGGACAAGCAUCUGUUUCAAUGUCGCACGGAGAACGGCCUCUUCGUGGGCGAGCAGAUCCUUGGAUUUCGACAGAACUCUCUCCUACCAGAGGCUGUCUGGCUGCUGGACGCUGGCAAUGUGAUCUGGAUAUGGAUAGGCAACUUCUCCAGCCCGAGGACGCUGCAGGAGUGCGUCGAGGAUGCCACCAUAUAUCUUUACACCCAUCCCGCAGGUCGAAAUCGCAACACGACCAUUUCCGUAAUCAAACAAGGUCUAGAGCCAGCUACAUUUAUCGGACUGUUCGACAAUUGGAAUCAUAAUCUGUUGAGGGACUACAAGCCGUUCGAGAUGUUCUGUGCUCUACUGGAGGACAGGGAUCAAUCGACGAAAACGCAGACGACCUCGAAGACCACCACGGACUUCGAUAAUUACAUCAAGUACCCGCCAGCGGUGCUAAAAAGCGAGCCGGAGAACCUGCCGGCCGGCGUGGACGUUAGACGCAAAGAGAUGCACCUGACCUAUGACAAUUUUAUCGCAAUCUUCAAAAUGGAACCCACAGAAUUCGAGAAACUACCGACUUGGAAAAGACAGCGUCUCAAGCAAGCCGCUGGACUCUUCUAA